UUCCGUUCCCACCAUCCAUUCUACCAUCCACCCUCUUCCCCAAGUCCCCAGACACCUCAUACUACUUAAAGAGCUACUACACGUACACGAAACCCCAUAUCAUUCAACCUCUGAGGGGAUUGUUGUUGGAUUCCCCUGUAUUUUUUUUGAAGGAUGGCUGACUUGGAUCAAUCAUCUGAGGAUGUCUCUGUAGAUUCCAGAGAAGGAAACAACCAGAAUUCCAAGAUGGAGUUCACAGAGGAUGAGGAAACACUGAUUGCCAGGAUGUAUAAUUUGCUUGGAGAUAGGUGGUCUCUGAUUGCUGGAAGGAUUCCUGGAAGAACAGCUGAAGAGAUUGAGAAGUAUUGGACCUCGAGGUACUCAAAUAGUGAAUCAUGAUGGCCAUUUACGUGCGUAGUGCUGCAGGGGCCGAGAGCAGUUCUUUCUGUGCUACUUCAGAGGGCAAGCAAUUUUCGAUGGUGUCCUGUGGUCGUGGGGAAUUUCAGCUUGCAUCCGUGUCUAGGUAAAAUAGGUUUUGAGUCAUAUUGGGUUUUGCUGUUUCUUGUCAUUUUGGUUGCGAGGCUGUUUCCAUAUCACUAUUCUGUGCAACAAUCUUUCAUAUAUCGGUCUCUGAUGUUAAGCAAAUUAGCAAGCCCACUGUAAUUGAGAAAUUAAUGGCGUGUUAUGUAUUUUCAUGGGAAUCCAUAGCUUUGAGAUGGAUUCAUAUGACGUCCUACUAGAAUGUUAGUUGUCUCAUGCACUCAUGCACAAGAUGUGGAUGCAAUUACGCCUAAGUCGAAAGGUAAGAGAAUUUUCUGUUUU